AUGAAAGAUCUAGGAGUAGCUCGGAAAAUUCUAGGAAUAGAGAUUCUUAGAGAUAGAGGCCAGAAGAAACUUUUCUUAUCACAAAAAGGUUACAUUGAGAAAGUGCUGUCAAGGUUUGGGAUAUCAUCGGCUAAACCUAUAGAUACACCUUGUGCUGCUAAUAUUCAUCUUACUACAUUGUUUUCUCCUCAGACAUAUGAAGAGAAAAAGUAUAUGAGUCGAGUUCCUUAUUAUAGUGCAGUAGGGAGUUUGAUGUAUGUUAUGGUUUGUACAAGACCAGAUCUGGCACAGGUAGUGAGUGUUGUGAGCAGAUUUAUGGUACAACCAGGGAAGGAUCAUUGGCAAUCUGUGAAGAGGAUAUUCAGGUAUCUACGGGGAACUUUUGAUGUUGGUCUCAUAUAUGGAGGUGAUACACAAUAUCUGAUUACUAGGUAUUCAGAUUCUGAUUAUGCUAGAGACGUUGAUAGUAGGAGAUCUAUGACUGGUUAUGUAUUUACUCUUGGGGGCUCAGUUGUUAGUUGGAAAGCGACUCUGCAACCUACUGUGACUCUGUCUACAACAGAAGUAGAGUACAUGGCAUUAACAGAAGCUGUUAAAGAGGGAAUAUAG